AUGGACCUCGACGCCGACAUGAUCCCGACCUCCCCCUCCGCCGACUCCUCGCUCUCCUCCUCCGACCUCGACACCGAGGUAGUAGCUAUACUCACCCUCGUCCAGUCGACGGGGUCCUUCUUCCCGGACCGGAGCACGACGCUGGGCACACUGAUGGGCGUGUCAGCGUUCGGCGAGCGGCGGGCAGCGAGGGCGCCGGCGGCGGCGGGCGAGGAUACGGCGGAGGGAGAGCAGCGCGCGGCGCCGGACAGGGAGGAGGCGAGGAGCGGCGUGGACGUGUGGCGGCGCCGUCGGAGUCGGCGGCGGCGGCACGGCCGCGGGCGCAGCAGCCUGGGCGGGAGCUGGUGGCGGCUGUGCCGUGACCACGGCGACGGCGGCGGGCCGCCGACGUCGCUGGGCGAGAUCCUGGACAUGGAGCGGCAGCUCGCGGGCGCGAACUUCCUCUGCGACGACGGCGGCACCGGCGCCUCGGGGCGCGAGACGGCCGUGGCCGCCACGGCGCUGUUCGAGGACGGCAGAGUGCGGCCUCCGCAGCAGCCCGCGGAGGAGAGGGGCAGGUGGCGGCUGCUGCGGGCGUCGGAAGGCUCGUCCUCGACGACGACGUCGUCCCUGGCGCGGCUGCCAGUGCUGCUCACCGGCAUCUGCAGCGGCGGAGCGGGGUAA